AUGUCUGAACCAGCAAUUAACGCCCUGGAAAAAGGAUUAAAUUUCGCUCCUACCCCAACGCGCAUUCCAAUUGAAAAAGUCAUAUGUGGUGUUGAAGAAGCCAUUGUGUGUAAUAGGGUGCCAGCUAGUGAUGCUGAAACCUUACGUCAAGACGUGGCUAUAGCCUGGCGACACGCUCAUCUACCACCAAAAAACAUGAGUACUCAGGAACUGAUGGGUGUAAAAGAACUUAGGGCUGAUACAACAAUUAUAGUUCUAAAGGCAGACAAGGGAAACGCCACUGUGAUUAUGGACGCUGAAGAAUACGACCGUAAAAUAAAAGCUUUACUGGAGGAUGGCAUGACAUACAACCCGACUGCCAGAGUGAAACGACAGACGUAUGCCAUUAUUACUGAAUGUAGGAGCGCUAUCCCAGUUGAUAUUGAAAAACAACUGCUACGUCCUCGUAUCGUCCAACCGCCGAGACUUUAUGGUUUGCCAAAGAUCCACAAAACUAACGUACCAUUAUGA